UCUUUCCAUUAGAAGUUUGCAACAAAAAUGCACUGAUAUUACCAAUAAAUUUGCUUCUGAUUUAAUUUGUUUCCUAAACUACAAUGUUGGGUUUGUUUGUUUGGAGUUUCUCCUUCUCUUAGAUUGGCCUAACUUUAAAAACCAGUUCACUUGCUCAGAAACACCAAUAUUAGGUGAAUCCAUGUGGGGUUAGAUUCAUUGACUUCAUUUUCUUUUCAUUAGAUGUAUAGAAAAUUCCUAUCUACUUUUGUACUCCAUUGCUUUUUCUACACUUCCAUUCCAUGCCUCUUGCCAAAAGUCAAUCAGAAAAAAUGUCUCAGUUUGUUCAUCAUGUAUUCUUGAGUUCCAGAAGCAAAGAAAUAAGCAAGACAUUUGGAGAUCAUCUUCAAACAGCUUUGCUAAAUGCUGGUAUUCGCGCAUUCAAGUUUGAUGAAGAGCUUGAGGAAGAAGAGGAACACCAGAAAAAAUUGCAGAAAGUAAUUCAGGAAUCCAGAAUUCUUAUAGUUGUUUUUUCGAAAGACUAUGCUUCUUCAGAGAGAUGCCUUGAUGAACUUGUGUAUAGUCUUGAAAGCAAGAAACGUUUUGGACAUUUUGUUCUUCCUGUGUUUUAUGAUGUGGAUCCAUCAGAAGUCCGAAAGCAGAAAGGCAGCUUUGAAGAAGCUUUCUUUAGAUAUGAAGAGAAAUAUAAAACAGAGAACAACGAAAGGAGAAAGAAAUGGAUGGAGAAGGUGGACAAAUGGAGGGCUGCCUUUAGAGAAGUUGCUGAUUUGGGAGGAAUGGUCUUACAGAAUCAAGCUGAUGGGUAUGAAUCAAGGUUUAUUCAAGAAAUCGUCAAGGUGGUUGCAAGUAAAAUGAACCGCACAAUUUUAAGUGUUGCCCUCCAUCCAAUUGGAAUAGAUUCUCGAGUCAAAGACCUUAACUUAUGGUUACAAGAGGAAUCAACCACUGUAGAUAUCCUGGCAAUACAUGGUAUGGGAGGAAUUGGGAAAUCUACAAUAGCGAAAACAGCUUAUAACCUGAACUUUGACAGAUUUGAGGGAAGCAGCUUUCUUGCAGAUGUGAGAAAAGCUUUAGAAAAGUACGAUGGUUUAGCUCGUCUACAAAGACAACUUCUCUCAAAUAUUCUUGGGAAGAAUGUUGAAAAGUUGUACAAUGUCAAUGAAGGGGCUGUCAAGAUUCAAGAAGCCAUCAGCUGCAAAAGAGUUCUUGUUGUUCUCGAUGAUGUGGACGAGUUAGAUCAGCUAAAUGCUGUACUUGGUAUGCGGCAAUUGUUUUAUCCAGGUAGUAAAAUUAUCAUAACAACAAGAAAUGGGCACUUGCUAAAUUCCAGUGAAGCCUGUAGAUGUAAGAUGUAUAAGCUGAACUCUUUGGAUGCUAGAGAAUCACUACAGCUGUUCAGUUGGCAUGCAUUUGGUGAAAAAUACCCUCCCUUAGAUUAUAUGAAUCUUUCCAGAGACGUUAUAGUUCAUUGUCAGGGAAUUCCAUUAGCUCUUAAAGUUUUGGGUUCCUCUCUUUGUGACAGAAGCACAGAGGUGUGGGAAAGCGCAUUAAGGAAAUUGAAAGCGAUUCCAGACAGUAAAACCCUGGAAAAACUAAGGAUAAGCUAUGAAUGUCUACCAGAUGAUAAUGUCCAGAACCUAUUCCUUGAUAUUGUCUGUUUCUUUGUCGGGAAGGACAAAGAUUAUGCAGUAACAAUACUUGACGGAUGUGGGUUCUUUUCAGUUGUUGGAAUUCAGAUUCUUGUUGAUAGAUGCUUAUUAGCAAUUACUGACAAUAAAAAACUGAUGGUGCAUCAACUGCUUCAAGACAUGGGAAGAGAAAUUAUUCGCAAAGAAUCCCCUCGAGAGCCUUGGAAAAGAAGCAGAAUUUGGCUACAUAAAGAUGCCUUUAACAUAUUGCAGGCAAACACUGGUACUGAAAAUAUCCAAGGCCUAGUGCUUGACAUGCGACUGUUGAAGGAAGUCAAAUAUGUCGGAUCAAAUCUAAGGGUAAAUGACGCUAGACACAACCGCUCUAAUGAUCCUGCAGGCGAGAGAUCGCUGGUGGUGAGUGACAUCAACUCACAAAAGCGACGGAGGUUAACUGUUUUCAAGCUGUUCACAAAUGUCUUUUCAGAAAUUUCUAAUGGUGUACAGUUUGAACUUGAUGCAUUUUCAAAGAUGAAGAAACUGAGAAUUCUACAGCUUACUGAUACAAGGUUCACUGGCAGCUAUAGUUGGUUUCCUAAGAAUUUAAGAUCACUUCAUUGGCGUGGAUUUUAUUUGAAAUCCAUUCCGAAGGAUUUUCCUUUGGAGAGUCUGGUAGCUCUUGAUAUGAGGCACAGCAGCUUGGAACAAGCCUGGAUCGGAACCAGGGUGCUCAAAUUAUUAAAAGUUCUCAAUCUCAGUCAUUCUCAUUUCCUAGGAAGGACUCCUGAUUUUUCUGGGCUUCCUAAUCUGGAAAGACUCAUCCUAAAGGACUGCAUAAGAUUGUUCAGUAUUGAUGAGUCGAUAGGAGACGUUAAGGCACUUGUUCUAUUGAACUUGAGAGACUGUAAGAAUCUGAGGAAUCUGCCAAGAAGUUUUUGUAAGCUCAAAUCCUUGGAAACACUUAACAUUUCUGGCUGCUCUAGACUUUCUAUAUCAACAAUGGAAUUAGGAAAGCUGGAAUCCUUAACAACCCUCAACGCAGAUGAAAUAAGUUACAAUCAGGAGAAAUCAUGGACUGCGCUCUGGCAAUCUUGGUCAUCAAAAUUAAGAAAAUCCCCUGAUUGUAACUUGUCUUCUUUAUCAAGUUCCCUGGUUAACUUGAGUCUUGCAAAAUGCAGGCUAACGGAUGAUUUUCUAUCCGUUGGUCUUUGCAAUCUUUCCUCAUUAAGGCAUUUGAAUCUAAGCGAAAACCUGAUUUGUAACCUGCCACAAAAUAUCACAAAUCUAAGUAUGCUUCAGGAACUUUGGCUAGAUGCAUGCUCAAGUCUCCAAUCGCUUCCCAAGCUACCGCCGAGCCUCAUCAAGCUGAAGGCUAUAGACUGCACAUCACUAGAAAGAGUUACAAAUCUGCCAAACCUAUGGGAAACUCAAACUCUACUCUUGGAUGUUACAGGCAGCGAGAAACUAACUGAGAUUCCUGGACUUUUCAAGCUAGAGCCAGUCGGUAAUUUUAAGGAGGAAAUGUUGAACAUUUUAGGCCAUCUCAACCUGGAAGAUAUAGAAAAUGCAGAGGUAGAACUAUUCAAUAGGCUUACAGACACGAAGAGGAAAUAUCCUGUGCAGGGACUCCACGAGUUUGGAAUCUUCAGCACUUAUUUUCUUGGAAGUGAGAUUCCAAGUUGGUUCAGCAACAAAGGUGAAGAAAGCAUAUUGACUCUGAAAGUGGAUUCUCAUACUAAUACAAAGAUAAUAGGACUUAAUAUCUGCGUUGUAUAUUCACGUUCCACUCAUCAUAGAUUUCAACGCUGGGGUGAAAACCAACUUGGGAACUGGUAUUCUUUUUUCAUCAAACUGAGUAAUGUGACCAGCGGUGACAAGUGGAUUUAUGCUCCAACAUUCAUAGGCAUUCCAGGAUCAAAUGAAGAUCUGACAUUUUUGUGCCACUGGAAAUUUGGAAAGUAUAUACAAGCUGGUGACGAGAUUAAUGUCUCUGUACUUGGUUGGAGUUAUACUUUUCAAAUGAAAGAGUUUGGAGUCAGCAUUGAAUGUGACAGACCAGAAACAGACCAGCACUUAACAUCAACUAGUGAAUCAAAAGAGCUAGCAAUCCAACAUGGGUAUCCAAGUACUUCUAUGCAAGAGCAUUGUGUCAUGGGAAGUUAUAUGCCUGUAUAUCAGGUUGCAGCUCGCCAUUACUACUUUUCUCACCCAGACUACUUUUUGCUUAAAUCCAAUGAACAUACAGCUGUGAGGUCGAUCUUGUACGAGAACUUAUUUGAGGAUUUUGUGCACAGUACUACAGGUACCAAAGAUGCAGGAGCAGAAGAUGAUAGCGAUUUUGAUUUCGAUGAUGAGAACUACACUGAGGAGGCUGCCUUGGCAGAACUAGAGGACAACUUAGAAUGGCCUUGGUAACAAAUAGAGAAGUGAGGCACGCAACAUGUAUAGUAAAAGAACCAAACUAAGCAAGAAAUCAUUGCAGAUAUUGGAUCAAAGAAACAGUUGCUUGACUGCAAUCUUCUUUCCCGGCCUAGUAAUUAUUUCUACAUCUUUAUCUUUUGAAUUUUUUCUCUUAAGUUUUUGUUUUUACUUCAUGCUCCAUGAAUAUUCAGAAUGUUUCCUGGUUAUUUGGUUUUGCUAAUAUCCAAUAAAGGCGAGCAAUGUUCAAACGAA